AUGUUAAUUAUUUAUUGUAAUGCUUGUUUGUUUUAAUUAGAUUUCAAAUAUUUAAUUUGGUAGAAUUUCUUUCUAAUAAUCAAUUUAAUAUCUAAAAAUUUGCUCGAAUAUAAAAUAUUGAUUGAUAUUUAAGAAAAUCAGAAGUAGGUUAGUUUUUAUAAACAUAUGUAAAAGCCUUCGAAUUCUUCAUUGUCGUCUAAGUUCUAAAACAUAGAUUUAAAGAAUUAAGUCAUGACAUUGAUAGGUAGAGAAAAGCUUUCAAAUUUAUUAUCUGAGCUGUCUAAAUGCUCGAAUCUCAUAACUUUGAUUUUAAAUCUAUACUUUUUUAAUAAUAAAGAUCUUGAAUAUGGAGAAUUUGGUUGUGAAUUAGCAAAGCUCUAAAAACUCAAAUAAUUUUAAUUAAAUUUUAGCUAAAAUUAAGUUACAGAACAAUUUAUUAGCGAAUUUAGCUCAGGAUUCGAAUAAUUACCUAAUAUUUUAGAACUUAAUCUUAAUUUUAAUAAAUGUAAAAUGGAUAGCUACAGUAUAUUUACACUAGUAUCUGCAAUUUAAAAACGCUUUAAUCUAACAAAAUUAAAUUUAAAUAUGAAUUCAAUAUAAAUUGAUUAAAAUUCGUUAUCGGAAUUAAGCUCUAAUUUAUCUAAAUUAACUAUUCUGGAAUUUUUGACACUUAAUCUAGAAAGCAAUAACAUUAUAGAUGAAGGAGCUAUUGGAUUAAGUCAAGCUAUUUUGUAGUUAGUAAAUCUCAGAUAUCUAAUACUUACAUUAAACAAUAACAAAAUAACUAGUAUAGGAGUUUCAAAUCUAAUUUAAAGUUUAGAAAAAUGUAAAGAUAUAUUUUAACUAAAUCUUAUCUUUAAUGACAAUCAAAUUAGUGAUUAAGGUGUAAAAAGUUUAGGCUAAGGUUUAAGUAAAUACUUGAAACUUACUGAAUUAUCUAUUGGUUUAAGUGGCAAUAAAAUAAGUGAUGAAGGUGUAAUAAUUUUAGGCUAAUAUUUAACUAAUUGUAUUGAACUGACUAAAUUAUCAAUUAGUUUAAGAUCUCAAUUUGUUACUUGCUAGGGAAUAGAAACUUUUUCAAUUGAAUUAAACAAGUGCAGUAAACUUUAUUGGGUUGAUAUUGAAUUUGAUUGGAAUAAAACAAUUGUCAAUAAUACUUAAGAUCUAUUAAGUUCAGAAAAUAUUGCCAAAUAUUAAAGUUUUUCAAUCAGAUUUUAAAAAUCAUCAGGAACGAGUUUUGGAUCUUACAGCUAUAAAUAUGUUUUGAAGAUAAAAUUAUGGUUUAACUAAUUAUUAAUGUGGGAAAAUGAUAUGUUCUUUGGUUUUAACUAGUUAGAUAAGUUUUCACAUUUUGAAAUGUAUUUGAAUUGUAGCUUGAUAAAUGAUCAAAUUGUAAAAGACUUAGGUUAUGGAUUAGCAAGAUAUUAAAAGCUCUAAUACUUAAUUCUGUAUUUAUAGUAAUUUUAUU